ACGUUGUGACGCUUUUCCACGUCGCAGUAGGGUCUCACAGGCGAGCUGGCUGCGUGUGUGUGCGUGUCUCCAGCUAGGCCAGAGAGAGAUGGCGGCGCCCGUCCUGAGAGUGUCCACCCCUCGGUGGGAAAGAAUAGCCAGGCUUCUGGUUUGCCUGCUGGGAAUACUGUUGUCUAUAUAUGCUUUCCACGUCGAGAGGGAAAAGGCGCGGGAUGCGAGUUAUAAGGCUCUGUGCGACAUCAGCAGCUCCAUCAGCUGUUCAAAAGUGUUCAGCUCAAGGUGGGGUCGAGGAUUUGGACUCCUGGGCUCAAUUUUUGGAAAUGACAGCGCGCUGAACCAACCCAACAGUGCAUAUGGGAUUGUCUUUUAUGCCUUUCAGCUCCUUCUAGGAAUGACUGUCAGUGCAAUGGCCGCCCUCAUUCUCAUGACGACAUCCAUCUUAUCGGUGGUGGGUUCCCUCUACCUGGGUUACAUCCUCUACUUUGUCCUAAAGGACUUCUGCAUCAUCUGCAUCACCACAUAUGCGCUGAACUUCAUUCUCUUUAUUCUCAACUACAAGCGAUUGGUUUACUUGAACGAGGCCUGGAAGCAGCAGCUACAGGCCAAGCAGGACUGAGCUGCCGAGAACGGCGACAAAAAUACGACAAACAAACAAAAAAGAAAUGUGACCUCUGAACAUUUGACUUGCCACCAGGAGACCUUGCUUCCAAACAAUGUUUAUUCUGCUGUGUGUUUAAAAAAAAAAAAAAAAAAAAAA